ACCUCAGGUGUUAUAAACUUCUUUAAGGUAGUUCGAUGACGAAAGGCCGAAGUCAAAACAAUGUUUAUGAUUUUUUUAUCAAAUCAUUUAUAUAUGAUUAUAAAAAAAUAGGAUAAUGCAUCACAAAGCUUCGUAACGACGUAAAAAGACUAUUAGUAAGUAAUUUUUACGUUGUAGAAUAAUAUUUUGCCUGAAAUAGAUUAAAAUAAAGUGUGUGUUAACGCGUCGCUUGACUAAUUUUCAACUUGUGCCAACUCUUGAGUGCUCUAGCUACUUCGGAGAUUAUUUCGAUUGAAUUAUUGCGUUAUUUUGGCGACUUACUGAAGUACAGUAAUUUUGCAUUAAUAUUUUUGAUGGAAAAAGUUGAUAUGAUAUCACAAGGUGCAUGUAAUUUUUUACACAAACAAUUUUUUGCAUGCACGAGAUGAGGGCAGUGGCUUGGCAACGCCGCACAGUUCGUGCGGUUGGUAUACUUGGUACUGGUGAUAUAACCUAACCUAAGUGUCAGAGCUCGGCACAAACAUUCAAAUUUCCAAAAUGAACCAACUCAGGAUCGGUGAUAAAUUUGCUAAAUUGCAAGACGUGGAACGAAGGAAGCGAAGUAUUGAACACCUGGAAAAAGCUAGAGAAGCUAAAGUACGCAAAAUACAUCAAGAAGAAUUUGUGGAAUCAACAAACCCUAAAUGUGAAGUGCAUGGAUACAGAUUAAUAAAAAUUGCUGAAAUUUCCAAGCUAAUGAAGUGCGAUUCGUGUGCCACAAUACUCUUUUUUGAUUUCGUACAGUCUGAGAAGAGAUACGGCUUGGCUUCAGUGUUCGCAAUCAAGUGCCACAACUGCUUGUGUAUAAAGGAAGUUCACACAUCGAGUAGGACAGCAGUAGAGAAAGGAAGAUCAUUGUACGAAAUCAAUGCUGCAGUUGCUUUUGGUUGCAUAGAUUCCGGUGUUGGACACGAGCAAUUGACAACACUACUCACAGCAAUGGAUGUUCCACCGAUAACCCACCAAGUGCUAAAGAAAUGUGAAGAACAAUUUGGAGAAGCAUUUAUUAGAGUUGCGGAUAGAUCCUGCUGGAAUGCUAUCAUAGAAGAAAAAGCUCUCAACCUUGCUGAUAAAUGUCCCUCGACGCAAAUCAAUAGUACCAGCAAGAGAAAUCCUCGAUUCCAACAGCGAAAAACUAUUCUGAUGCUUAAGAAAUUCCGGAAUAAAUUAUGAUAAUAAUAGAAUAAAUAAUGAUAAUAAUGUGUCUUACUAUAAUUGCAUUUUUAUUAUUCAGGUUUUUAGAUUUCAUCUAGUACGCAUCCAGAAUGUUCCAGCAGGUUGUACGCGCUUUACUUUAAAUUUUCCCCAUCUUAAUUUGUUCUUGAAUGGGCUUUGGCAGUUUUCCUGUUUUUGAUUGAUUACCAGCUUUUCUCUAUUUUUCAUUACUAGCAUGGUUCUUCUAAACGGGGCAGAUUUUAAUAAAUUAUAAUUUUCUGUAAUUUUUAUUACAGCCGUUGUUUUCAAAUGGUUGUCUAACUUUUCUUGCAUCUGAUGUUUACUUGCAUACUCUAACUCAUUUUGCAUUUCUAGCCCUGACCCUAAAAGUCGCCGAGAUCUUCUUAUACAUGCUACUAUUUUCUACUAUGUUCUAAUAUGUUUAUAAUGUUUUUAUUUCUAUUUCUCUAAGCACUAUUUGUUGGAAGACUAAAAAAAAGUUUUGCUCGCUUUCUAUUUACUUGUUUUCAACUACUUGUGUGUAUAUAUGUUAUUAACAAUUUACACAAUUACAUUCCAAGCGGUGACUCUUAUUCACAAGAUUCUGCGGCGUCCGUAGUCGACGUGACAGUCUCGUACGACUUUGGCUGGCGGAAGCGAGGAAACGGUCGAACAUACGAUAGUAAGAGCGGUUAGGGUUCUGUUGGCAGCUUACGCUCUAAGAAACUCUUGGCUUAUGGCAUGAAGAGCACAUGCUGUGCCGUGUGCCGAAAGGGCCACUCACCUGACAGCCAAAAGUGUACCAAAAAUUGGUCAGGGAGUGCGAAAUCCAUGGAGGCAGAUACAGCGGUUUAACUAAUGGUGAAAAAUCCAGAUUUUAAAAAAGCUGGAAUCCGAAUAGGAACACUUAUUGGGGAUGAAGAUUCGUCCACAAUUGCGGCAGACCAACGAGAAACUUCACAUCGAGUCGUCAAGUGGUCGGAUUCCAAUCAUGUGCGUAAAAAGUUUACCGGAAAACUUUAUAAGUUGGUCAACACCCAUCGAAAGCUUGACAGAGGAUCUGUCAUCCCAUAUUUGAAGCGAUGCUUCAAUUAUGCCUUGGACCAAAAUAAAGGAAAUACUGAAGCUACGACGAAAGCUCUAUUAAGCAUUGCCGAGCACAUAUUUGGGAACCAUAGCAACUGCGGCACUUGGUGUGAGGCCAAAGACAAUCCGGAGUACGUGUUUAAGAGUUUACCGAAGGGAAAACCUCUUUUCAGUAAAAAUCUGCAAACUGCACUUCAUGGGGUCUUGAUGGAGUUCACAUCUCGGGUGUUGAAAGUUGCGCCAGGGGGAUCGUCUCAACUCAAUGAAUCAUUUAACCAUAUGGUGGCCACCAGAGCACCGAAGUCCAGACAUUACGCAUCUUCGCGUUCUAUUCUUCUGCGAGUGGCAGCAGCAGUCUGUCAGAAAAAUUUUGGAGCUAAACACAUCAUCGAUGUAAGAUUCGAAGCUGGAUUACCGCCAGGAACGGUAGCUGAAGAAUACCGCCUACGAAAAGAAGUCUUGCAACGAGAAAUAGCUGUAAAACGUACCACACUCGAAGUAAAACGCCGUCGAUGUUAUUUGAAAAAUAAAAGGCAACGUAUCACCAUAGCACGAGAGAGCAGGGAAGGGAUUACUUAUCAAUCAGGUAUGGGACUGGAUCUUCCUAUCGAAACAACUUGUGAAAUUGAUGAACCUCUCCGUGAAGACAGUCCGCAAGUCAUCGUUGACAUUGAAACUACUGGUCUGGCAUCUACUGCAGACAUCGUUCAAAUAGCGGCGAAGUGUGGCGAUCAGGAGUUCGCACGGUACAUGCUACCUUCCCAAUCUAUAAAUUGUCAUGCAGCAGAAAAAAAUGGAUUAUCACUGGUUGGAGGAGAGCUACAUCAUUACAAUAAGGUAGUGACGACGAUUCCACCACGAGAAGUAGGAGAAGAAUUUAUACGCUUCCUCGGAGAAUGUAGUCCACAGGCGCUGCUGCUCGGACAUGAUAUCGUACGCUUCGAUGCACCGCGGAUCAUGCGUUGGCUACAAGGACCGGUCUCUUGGAAAGUUUUGUCAAAGGUGUUUAUGGAGUGUGCGAUACAAUUCCACUCAUCGGACAAGGUAAAGUUAAAAAACAAGAAGAGCUCGCAAAGUUAUAUUUGAAGGGCGAGGAAUGGGAAAGAAUUAUAGCUGGUUCUCACAAUGCCUUAACUGACUGCCAGAUCCUGUACGGUUUACUAGCUCAUUUCAAAGUAAGCGAUACAGCAAUUACGGCCGGGGCUUUGAGAUUGCAGACUUUACUGCAACGGCAAGCAAUCGCAAAGAAGAAAGCGCAAUUUCUAGAAACUCUUCAGAGAUCUGAUCAUAUUUCGAAGAACAUGAUGUCGAAAAUCGCUGCUGCCGGUAUUAAUAUGAACAGCCUUCGUGAUGCGUUCAAUCGAUCUGGCGCUGACGGUGUCAAACUAUGUUUGGCCGUAAGUGUCAAUGGAAAACCCCGAGUAACAUCGAACAAAAAGAUUAUCGAUAAAGUCAUCGAUUUCCUUGCUUCGUCGAACGAGGAGAGAGGAAUGGAAGUAAGGCCAUCUUCUGCAUCGGAGUCUAACAUUCGCGUUUGCCACAUACUGGGUGUGCUGCCUUGACUGGUAGUGCUAUGCUGGUAUGCUAUAUCUAUUAUACGUAAAAAUGGCCAGUUAGCUUUUUCAAAUAAUUGGACUGACUGGGGUGUAUGCUCUGCGUAGAAUCUUGUAGCAUGUUCUCAUAAUGCUUGUUUCCAUACAACUGAAAAUGUCUGUUUUUAUUGCUUUAAACGGUCUCUUGCACGCUUUAGAAUAUAGGACGUUCAGCAAUACUUUAGCAAUACUUCGCUUUUGUAUUCGAUAAUGAGUUACUGGCAAACGCAAAUGAAUUGGCUGGCUGUCUGAUAAUAACGUUUAUUCAAAAAUGUAUACAUAGUGACAAAAAUUAAUGACCAAAAAUUGAAUAUAUUAAACAUUGAAAUUAUAGUGAUAUUAUAUGUAUACAAUUUAUUUUCACUUUUUAUUUUAUAGGUGCAGCCAAAAGAUAUACACCGUUUGAUGCUCGACAACUGCCUACCUGCUACUGGACAGCCGUCUUUACGCUAAUCAUACUCGCCUGUUCACCGGCUUUCACAGUGUUGUGUUCAUUCCCAGAGAUGCGAUUUUUAUAGCUAUCUUGAUUGUUAAACAGUAAAAACUAAUAAAUAAAAUAUUUUGACGAAUUUGACAUUACAUUACCGACUAUAUUGAUUCCACUCCCGCAUCCUGUUCUUUAUUUCCCUUUUC